UUCUCCCGGCACAGAGCUGGGAGCCACUCAGAGCUUUCUCCACAAUGCUGCUGAUCUUGCUGCUAGUGGCCUUUGUGGCCUUGAGCUCAGCUCAGAGCACAAAUAAUGAUGUCAUCUAUGAAGACUCUACAAACACUAUACUAGAGAACAUACACGAGAAUCCAGAUCAGGAGUCUGAGGGACCACUUUCUGAAGAAUUCCUACCAAGACCCUAUUUCGAUGAUGAAAACCAAGAUGUUGGUCUUUGGCAGACACCACCCCCACCAGGAGGUCUUCACCACCAUCCUCCCCAACAAGGAGACAGAUGGCCAAGACCCCUCUCCACGGCCAACCAGCCAAGUAAUCUGGAGGGCAGUGGCAGAAAAUGGAUAUGAAGAUGACAGCCCUUCAGAAAGCCAUGACAUUAGAACAAUUCAGUCUAUCUUCAAUAUACCAAUAAAAUUAUCAA